UAGAUAUUACUAGAAAAUUAGUACAAAUUUUCAUCAGUUAACGCAAAAAGCAUGUGUGGUGGUGCAAUAAUCUCCGACCUAAUACCGCCGCCUCGAUCUUCGCGCCGACUGACGGCAGAGUAUUUAUGGGGUUUCUCCGAUCUGAAGAAGGAUGACUUUGAAGCUGACUUUCAACAAUUUAAGGAUUGCGAUGAUGAUUUGGAUGUUAAGCCUUUUGCUUUCUCUCUUUCUGGAACCUCUCCUGGAUCCAAAUCAUUGAAAUCUGUUGAUUCAAACAAUGAAGUUGAGAAGCCUUCCAAGAGAAAGAGGAAGAAUCAGUAUAGGGGGAUCAGACAGCGUCCUUGGGGUAAGUGGGCAGCUGAAAUACGUGAUCCACAGAAGGGGGUCCGAGUCUGGCUUGGAACUUUCAAUACUGCCGAGGAAGCUGCCAGAGCAUAUGAUGUUGAAGCUCGGAGGAUCAGAGGCAAGAAAGCUAAGGUAAACUUUCCUGAUGAAGCUCCUCCAGUGCCUGCCUCGAGGCAAGCUGGUAAGGUAAAUCCUCGCAAGGUUCUUUCUGAGGAGAGCUUUAACCCAGUCCCGUCUGACACCACGUUUAUGAACUUGAACGAUGGGUGUUAUGACCCUUUGGGCUUUGUCGAAGAGAAAACAACAAAAAAUCUGUACGGCUAUCAAGAUUUCUGCGCCGCUCCUGGAGAUAUGGGACCACCUAACUCAUAUGGCCCUCCAGCUGCUGCUGGUGUUUACUUCAAUUCUGACCAGGGAAGCAACUCUUUUGACCCCUCGGAUUUCGGUUGGGGAGAGACGUGUUCAAGGACUCCAGAAAUAUCAUCUGUUCUGUCAGCUGCUAUAGAAGGUGAUGAAGCUCAAUUUCUUGAAGGUGCAUACCCGGAGGAGAAAGUAAAAUCUUGUUCCAACAAUUUGGUGCCUGAUGAUGGGAACACAGCGCAGAAGCCAUCUGAAGAGCUCUCAGCUUUUGAAUCCCAGAUGAAGUUCUUUCAGACCCCAUAUCCGGAGGGAAAUUUGGAUGCAUCAGUUAAUGCCUUCCUCAAUGCAGAUGCAACUCAGGGUGGUGAAAAUGCUAGAGACUUUUGGUCCUUUGAUGAGCUUUCUUCUUUAAUGGGAGGUGUCUACUAAGCUAAGAAUGCGUGCUGUGCGGAUUCUUUGUAAAUAAGACUCUCAUCUCCAAGCAACGCUAAGUUAGUUGCCGUAAGCUUUUCUUCAGAAUUUAACUUGUUUGAUCUGUGUUUCCUUGUAAUAGGUUAUUGUGUCUGUGUUAGGAGGAUGAUGGCAACCACUCAAGCAUGUUUAAGCCCAUGGAUGGUAUGCUCAAUAGGUGUUGGUAGGUUAUUAACAACUUUUGACAACAAGCUGAACAUUUCAGAGGUUAAAUGAUGAGUCAAAAGGCUUUAUGUUUCACA